AUGGAUCUCCUGUGGAACACCUCGGCCUUCCUCCUCCUCAGCCUCGCCUGCCUGCUCCUCCUGGCAGCAUGGCAGAAAGGGACCAAGAAGAAGAACCUUCCCCCUGGCCCGACACCCCUGCCCUUCGUCGGGAACCUGCUUCAGCUGAAGACCACCAACGUUGCAGCAUCUCUGAAGCGCAUGAGUGAAAAAUACGGGCCAGUGUUCACGGUGUAUUUCGGCUCAGACCAAGCAGUUGUCCUCCAUGGCUAUGACAUCGUGAAGGAAGUUCUGGUUGAUCGUGGAGAUGAAUUCACCCAGCGAGGCAGCAUCCCAUCAGCUGAUAAGACCAACAGAGGCCUUGGGGUGGGCAUGUCCAAUGGCAAGCGCUGGUUGGAGCUCCGCCGCUUCUCCCUCAUGACCUUGAGGAACUUUGGGAUGGGGAAGAAGAGCAUCGAGGAGCAUAUCCAGGAGGAGGCCGAGCACCUGAUGAAGGAACUCCGGGCCAAGAAAGGCCAGCCCUUCAACCCUACCCUCCUUUUCAGCUGUGCUACCGGCAAUGUGAUCAGCCACAUCCUCCUUGGAGAAAGAUUUGAUUAUCAGGAUCCAAAGUAUCUCCAGAUCCUCCGCUACCUCACUGAUGCCUUCCAACUCGAGAGCUCCGUCGCUGGGCAGCUCUACAAUAUCUUCCCCAGGAUCAUGGACUAUUUGCCAGGCCCUCACCAAACCUUUUUUAAAAACCUGUUGAGCGUUCAAGACUUCAUAUGCCAGAAGAUUAAAAACCACGAGAACAGCCUGGAUCUCAAUGCACCCCGGGACUUCAUCGACAGCUUCCUCAUCAAAAUGGAGCAGGAGAAGCACAACCCCCAGACGGAGUUUAUCCGAGAUAACUUGAUGAUGACUGGCUACGACAUAUUCAUUGCUGGGACGGAAACCACCAGCACCACCCUGAGAUUCACUCUCAUGGUCCUGGUCGAACACCCAGCAGUGCAAGCAAAGAUCCAUGAGGAGAUAGACCAAGUAAUCGGUAGGGACCGCGCUCCCUCCAUGAAGGACCGGCUUGGGAUGCCCUAUACAGAAGCCACCAUUCAUGAGGCCCAGAGAUUCCUUGAUCUCAUCCCCUUAGGAUUAACCCGCUUGGUCAAAGAGGACUUUGAAAUCCGUGGCUUCACCAUCCCAAAGGGCACCACUCUCUUCCCCAUCCUGAGUUCUGUGUUACGUGACCCUAAACAAUACAAGAAUCCAUAUCAGUUUGACCCGGAACACUUCCUGGAUGAAAAAGGAGCUUUCAAGAAGAAUGGAGCCGAUAUCCCCUUUUCGGCAGGAAAGAGGAACUGUCUCGGCGAAGGACUGGCCCGAAUGGAACUCUUCAUAUAUGUCACCACUAUCCUGCAGAGCUUCUGCCUCAGGCGGGCACCAGGAGUCACCAAAAUCGACCUUACACCAGAAGUCAGCGGCUUAGGAAACAUACCCCGCCAGAUCCCAUUUUGCUUCUGCCCACGCUGAUC